AUGAAAGUGGUGGUCACCAGAGACCUGGCGCGCGUUGAGGUGAGUGUCGUGUGUCUCUUCCGCGUCGAGAACGUCGUCCUCAGCACCGUGUCUCUGUCCAACCCUCGGGAGCUGCUCCAAGCUCUGGUCCAGGGAGCGCUCCGGGACGUCCGGGCCCGCCACGACUUCCACCAGUUUCUGCUCUACAGGAAGCUGGUUGGGCGAGAGGUCCGGGUGGCAGCUGACUCCCUGGCCGGUCGUUGGGGCAUCAAAAUGGAAAGGGCGGACAUAGAGGAGGUGAGCAUACCAGAGGAGCUACAACAGAACAUGAGGGAGCAGAGAGACGUCCAACGACGAGCUCAGAUCAUAGGGACGGGGGCGGAGGGCGAGCGAGCGGCCUGCCAACUGAGGGAGUCCCUGGACUCCAUAUCCGGUUCUCCUGCUGCCAUCCAGCUGCGCCUCCUCCAGCUCCUCACCACCCUCCAAAGAUUUGAGCGACCCCCGCUGCUCCUCACACUCCCCGCCGACCUCCUCACCAUGACCCAGGACCUCUCCCGGCUCCCCCCACCCCCACCCUCCCUCUCAGCAGCAGAGGAGGGGGAGGAGGAGCAGACAGACUCACCUAUGAUGUAACCUUCUCUAAUCAACUGAUGUUUUUCCGUACAGUAUUAAUGUUCCAUAACAAAUAUUUAUAUAAAAAAAUAAUAUAUAUAUUUA